AUGAUCUUGCUGGAGGCGCUUCCGUUUCUGCUGGUACUCCACGUGCUGCUUUCCUGGGCCUUGCCAGUGCCUUUGGGACACCCAGAAGACAAAAAUGCAGAAAUCGUUCAGAAUUACCUAGAAAAUUUCUAUCAGUUGCCAAGCCAUCGAUAUCGGUCUGCGGGAAGGAACGACACGAGUAUGUUUGUUGAAAAGCUUAAAGAAAUGCAGCGCUUCUUUGGGUUGAGUGUGACAGGGAAGCCAAAUGCAGAAACUCUGGAGAUGAUGGAAAAGCCCCGCUGUGGAGUGCCCGACGUUGGCGAAUUUAUGUUAAUCCCAGGAAACCCCAGGUGGAAACACACAGACCUGACUUACAGGAUCAUAAACUAUACCCCACAGCUGUCAACAAGUGAUGUGGAAAGUGCUGUUGAGAGAGCUUUUGGAGUGUGGAGCGCCGUAUCACCCCUGACCUUCACCAGGAUCGCGCAGGGGGAAGCAGACAUCAAUAUUGCUUUUGCCCAAGGAGAUCAUGGCGACAAUUCUCCCUUUGAUGGACCCAAUGGAAUCCUUGCCCAUGCUUUUCAGCCAGGUCAAGGCAUUGGAGGAGAUGCUCACUUUGAUGCAGAAGAAACGUGGACCAAAACCUCCAGAAAUUACAACUUGUUUAUCGUUGCUGCUCAUGAAUUUGGCCAUUCCUUGGGGCUCGCUCACUCCUCCGACCCUGGCGCCUUGAUGUAUCCCAACUACAUUUUCCGCGAACCAAGCACGUUUUCGCUCCCUCAAGAUGAUAUCAAUGGCAUUCAGGCCAUCUACGGAUCUUCAAACCGCCCUAUCCAGCCCACUGGAGCAACCACACCCACAGCCUGCGACCCCAGACUGACCUUUGAUGCUGCCACCACUUUCCGUGGAGAAAUACUCUUCUUCACAGACAAGUACUUCUGGAGACGACAUCCUUGGCUACGUAGAGUCGAACUCAAUUUUAUUUCCCUGUUCUGGCCAUCCCUGCCAAAUGGUAUACAGGCUGCUUACGAGGAUUUUGAUAGGGACCUAGUUUUCCUAUUUAAAGGCAGACAAUACUGGGCUCUGAAUGGCUAUGAAAUUCAGCGUGGAUACCCCAGAGAUAUAUCAAACUACGGCUUCCCUAGCACUGUCCAAGCUAUUGAUGCAGCUGUUUCCUACAGAAGAAAGACAUACUUCUUUGUGAACAGCCAGUUCUGGAGAUAUGAUAAUGAAAGACGGCUCAUGGAGCCAGGUUAUCCCAAAAGUAUAUCAAGAAGCUUCCCAGGAAUAGGAAACAAAGUUGAUGCGGUUUUCCAGCAGGAUUACUUCUUCCUUUUCUUUAGUGGACCAAUAUAUUAUGCCUUCGAUCUUAGUACUCAAAGAGUUACUAUGAUUUCAAGAAGCAAUAGAUGGCUGAACUGUAGAUAA